GUGAGAGUUAGUGCGUGUCCGGGAAUCUGAGCACACAAGCUACUUUGUGUGAAGAUGAAGUGAUGAAGAGUCCUCUCCUCUGCUGCUCCGCUGCGCUGGAGGAGUGGAAAUGUCUGGAAGACGAAUAUCAACAACUUCAGGAGACACACAGAAUGUACUUACAGAAACUGGAUGAAAUUACAAAACUACAAAACAGCUGCUCUUCCUCCAUUUCCAGUCACCGCAAACGACUGCAAGAGGUUUCCCUCCUGGUGAAUAAAUGCAGCACAGGACCAGCAGAAGAAGAUGCUAAAACCUUGGAUGAAAUCAAAGAGAAAAUAAAGACCCGACCAAAUGCUUUCUUUGAAAUGGAAUCUUAUAUUCCCAAGAAGAAUGGGUUGUACCUCAGUCUGGUUCUUGGAAAUGUGAAUGUGACUCUUCUCAGCAAGCAGUCAAAAUUUGCCUACAAAGAUGAAUACGAGAAGUUCAAGCUGUGUCUCACAGUCCUCCUGCUGCUCUUCUCCAUCAUUUGCUAUUUCUUUGUGAGCUACAGAUUUCUUGAUGCAAUCCUCAAUUUCCUGCUGGUGUGGUACUAUUGUACAUUAACUAUCAGGGAAAGUGUCCUCAUCACCAACGGCUCCAGAAUCAAAGGCUGGUGGGUUUUUCAUCAUUACGUCUCAGCUUUUCUGUCCGGUGUGAUGCUGACAUGGCCAGAUGGGAUCCUGUACAAAACAUUCAGGAACCAGUUCCUUGCCUACUCCUUGUAUCAAAGUUUUGUUCAGUGUCUGCAGUGCUAUUAUCAGAGUGGGUGCCUGUACAGACUACGAGCUCUGGGAGAAAGACACAACAUGGAUCUGACCGUGGAGGGAUUUCAGUCAUGGAUGUGGAAAGGGCUGACGUUCCUUUUGCCCUUCCUCUUUUUUGGUCAUUUCUGGCAGCUCUUCAAUAGCCUGUCUCUCUUCAGAAUGGCUCAGCUCCCAGACUGUAAGGAAUGGCAGGUCUUGAUGUGUGGUCUCUGCUUCCUUAUUCUGUUCAUGGGAAACUUCCUCACCACUGUUGCCGUCGUCCGUCAGAAGGUCAAGAGCAGGAAUCAGAAACCAAAGAGUCUGUGAUACAUCCUAGUAAAACAAAAAUCAACAUGUCAAAAAAUGUACAGUAGAUACAUAAAUAUAAAGAAUGUGUUAUAACUAAUCAGUAACCAUUAAAAGUUGAAUUGUCUUCCAAAAUAAAAGUUGAAUUGUUCCAAAA